CUUCCUUUGAACAGGGUGUCGGUCACUUCCUUUGCUACUCACAAGUCAGUCCAUGCCCAUCAUAAACAAACAUUAACUCGGCGUCAAACUGCAUGGGUAAAUUGGAAAUUAUACUUUCCUGGUGGUAUUAGUAGUUAGAUUUUUCAAUUAAUCAUUUUUAAGAUCAUCAAAAAAUGUUGAUAACAUUAAACUCGUUCCAAAUGAGCACUGAUGAAGAUGAGGAGGAAUCAGGCAUUGCCCCACAUUUUAGCCAACCUCUGAAGACCCGGAAGAUAAAUCCAAAACUACCGUUGACAUUAGAAUGUGUCGUUGUUGGUACGCCUGCUCCUGUGAUAAAGUGGUUUGCCAGAAAGCAGGAAAUUACGUCAUUGAGAGGGAAGAAAAUCACAUACAGCGCUGAAUCGGGAAUUGCAACUCUGAAGAUAUUGAAGCCCACACCUGAAGACUUUUGUAGUUACUGUGUUCAGGCUGUUAAUUCAUUUGGAUCUGCAGAAUGCCGCAUAGAUCUCUCUAUUGGUAAAGUAUCCAAAGUUCAUGAACCUAUUGUCCUUGAAGCUCCUAAAAUUACACAACCAUUGGAAGCAAAAAUAGUAUGUUAUGGUGAAUCUAUAACUUUGGAGUGUCAAUUUGAGGGUACUCCAUUGCCUUCCGUCAAAUGGUAUUUCAAGGGAAAAGAGAUAUCAAAUACAGAUGUCAAAAUUACGACAACUGAAUGUAGAUCAUGUCUUCAAAUAUCUGAGGCAUACCGACAGAAUAGUGGCAAAUAUGAAAUACAAGUACUUAACUGUAAAGGAGAAGCACGCAGUUCGGGGACUGUCUCGGUAACAGAUCCUGAACCUGAUAUGGAAGAAGUGAUUCCUCCGCGAUUUGUGAAACCCCUUGAAGCUUUUGCUGUUGCUAUAGGAGAUGUCGUGAUACUGGAAACAUUCGUUCAAUCGUACCCCACAUGUUCUUUCCAGUGGUUUCAACAUUCUCUUCCGAUUACGUUAUCUUCUGAAUUAAAUGUCUGUCCAACAACAGCGAAUCAUUCGGUUCUAUUGAUUGACAAAGCCCUAACUCACCAUACAGGAGCAUACACAUGCCGAGCUGAGAAUGUAGGUGGCUCGGUGACGUAUACGACCACAAUUAAUGUAUUAUCGGAGCUUUCUUUAGAAGAAGUGAAAGUAUUUGAAUCGCCUCGUUUCGUAAAAAAACUGAGCUCUGUGCGUGUUAUGGACGGAGAAGAAUUUAGUUUUCUUUGUCAGGUUGUAGGAAAACCAACUCCACAUAUUACAUGGUUUCAUGAAAAUGAACCACUUAAAGAUGAAAAAGAUUUCAGAAUAUAUCAAGACUCAGAAGGUGUCUGUAAACUGAGCAUAGAUGAAGUGUUUCCAGAAGAUGCAGGGACUUACACCUGUCGUGCUAUAAAUUCCGUGGGUGAAGCUGAGAGUUCUGCCUCACUCAUUGUAGAAGCAUAUGAAUAUGUGCCAGAUUCUGAAAUUGCUGAUACUGAACUGGUUUGUGACAACAGUGAUUCGGAGGAAGAUGAAAUUUCUAGAAAAGUAUCUUAUUGGCGAUCAAUUUAUGAUCCUGAGUACAACUCAUGAUUUAUGGAAUAAAGAACUCUCCAAGAAUAUUUCGCUUAACACAAGAGUAUUACUACGAGUAAAUACUCUUUUGAACGAAAUAUAAAAUUCUACUUACUAUGUUUCUUUCCAGUCAUUUUAUUCAUUUGUCAUUAGUUUAUUUUCAUUCAAAACUUUUGUGAUAUUUGCAUACAUUCGUAAAUCAGUAUUUUCCUUUAUGAUUAGAGAAUUGUCUUAGUAAUAUAUUAUCUACUGCUGAUAUACUCCAGCACUAAUAAAAAAUUAAUUUUUUAGACGUGUCAGAAAAAACAUUAGAAAUGGCAGUCCGUUUUAACGGUAUCCUUACUUUUCGAGGAUGACAAGCAUUUACAGAGAUGAAGGCAACAUUUUUCCAGAUCUCGGAGGAAAUGCAGUAUUGCAUCAGUCGCCAUCACAGUUCCUCACCAGCUGACAGAUAUAUUAUUGAUCGGGAACGGUAACAUUGCCAAGUUAUCUCUUCACAGGUGUCCCUUCAGGAGUUACGUCAUAAAAAUGUUUUAGGAUAUUGAUGUGUUCAUGUUUAUGAUAUAUCUUAAGUACAAAUGAAAUAUGUAAAAAUAAAUGAAGAUAGGAGAUCUAAAGGACACAAGUCCACUUUUCAUAAUAUUUCUCAAGAGAUUUUUUACAAUGAGGAAUCAUUUCUAUUCCUUUCAUCUUAAUACCAUAUAUGACACUUUCCAGUUCGAUAAGAGUGCACUGCAAAUCCUUUGUUUCAGUUGUAAGGCAUAAACAUAUUUUUAAUUGACAGUUUAGUUUAUUUACCUUGUCGUUCAAUAUUAUAAUCUACAUAUAUAAAUAUAAGUGAAUUUAUAACAAGAAAA